ACACACACACACACACACUGAAGGAAAGAAGCUCAGUUUUCCUCCUCGAGUGAUUGACCGCCUGAUGUUGGUGUGUGCAGCUCUCGAGGAGCUCAGGACGCUCUCUGACGGACUUUAGAGGAUCGGGAAUGAAGAUGUUGAGAGAUCUGAACAUCAUAAAUCCAUAAGGAGCUUCAUUCAUCUGCAGACUGAGUGUGAGUAACUGUGGAGCGAGCGGCGUGUGUGUGUGUCCAUGCUCGAGUCUCAGGGAUGGAGCUACAGGUUCAGACCCGCUGGACGUCGCUGCUGUUUCUGCUGGGUUCGCUAUCGUCCGCUCAGGCGAAUGUGCUGGAAAGCAUGUUACAGAGGAAUUCUGGGAAGGUGACGUCGGGCGGCGGUAAGGAGAACAGCGGCGGCGCGACAUCGGUGAUACCAGAGAGGAUGUUAUUGUGUCACUGUUAUCAUCACUGUCCUGAAGACUCCACCAACAACACCUGCAGGACUGAUGGAUACUGUUUCACUAUGGUGGAGGAAGAAGAGGGCAGCUCUCCAGUGCUCACCUCCGGCUGUCUGGGGUUGGUGGGCUCAGAGUUUCAGUGCAGGGACACUGGGAAUGCUCGACUGAGGAGGAUCCUGGAAUGCUGCACAGAUCAGGAUUUCUGUAACCGAGACCUCCAUCCAACGCUGCCUCCGCUCAAGAGACCUGGUGAGACGCUAAACAUAUCAACAUCACACAAGACAGCCCAAAAAUUACACAACAGAACCAGUCCCUUGCUUUUCCAAGACUGGGAUGUUUCUGAUGAUCCAUGAUCUGAAAGAUAAAAU